AUGGCUACAAUCACUCAGAGCAUGUCUCUCGUGCCAGGAAUUGAGCUUUCACCUCAGGAAGCCAAUAGAUACAAGAACAUUUUUGCCGUCCAAGGUCCCAUGUGUAAAGUUUUCCGUGCCAUACUCAACUGGGAAUGCAGCGACAAGCAACAAAGUUUCAGUCAACUAGAGUGCCUUCUGAAAGAGGCCAAAGACAUUAGAAAUGCUGUUAUGCACGUCGCUGACGAUGCUGUCAAUCCUAUGAAGUUUGAUGAAAUUGUCAAAGUCAUGCAUGAUGUGAUAAAUGAAGCUGGUGAAGUGUACAGCAUCCCUGCUGAUGAAGUUACAAGUCUCAAAACUCAAAUAGAUGGGAUGUGGGAUGAAGUACGCGCAGAUAAUGAAAAAGUUAAGGCUUAUUGUUGCUUCUUACUGCAAACUUAUGGAAACAAAGAAGCCAAAGUCAUGUGGGAAGCGAUGUUGUCUGAAGAAAUUUUGCUCUUUGGCGAUGACAAAGUUGAACGCUCGAAAGUUUUCCAUUCCCUGGAAUUGACACUACAGAAACCUAAAGAUCAAACCGAAGACAAGAUCUCCUACACUGAACUCCUCGCUGGCAACGAUAAGUUUAUAGUAGUCAUUGGCGACUCAGGGUCUGGGAAAUCCACUUUGACCAAGAACUUGGUGAUACAGCACCAUGGUAUCUCAGAUGCAGAGGUAGAAAUGACCGAUCUGAAGAAUCACAAUUUGUUACUUUAUUAUGAAUGCAGGAAUGUUUCUGUAAAAGAAUUGACUGAUGUUGUAGAAGAAAACUUCGAAAAAGUGUGCCAGAAACUCGGCCCUAAAACUGUUAUCCAAGGAAUCACCGAGUCUAACCCUUUGAUUCUCAUUGAUGGCUAUGAUGAAUGUCAUAAAGACUCGUAUAAGGUUUUGCAACAGAUGGUGAACAAAAUGAGGAAACAUGAGUGUCGUGUGAUCAUCACCACCAGGCCAAGUGCGGCUGAAAAGCUCAAGAAUUUUCUGAAGCGAGAAGGCGUGAAGUUCCAAGAGUACGAGAUAUCAGAAAUCUGUCUUUUAGAUGACCAAUUGAGAUUUCUGGAGAAGUAUGAAAAACAUGCUCCUCCAGGUGCUGAGAAAGUUGUGAAGAGCUUCAGAUCUCUUGGACGGAACAUUCAAGAACUUUUUGUUCGUCCAAUUAAUUUGGUUCUCUUUUGUCACCUGGUCUGGAACUUUCCUGAAAGGAUAAAUGAUUUGAAAUCUCAUGCUGCUGUAGCUCAAGUCACAUAUGAUCUGUAUGAGAAAAUUAUUCAGUCAAAGCUGGCUGACCACUCCGUUGACAUGGAUGGCCUCAUCGAUUCUUUCUUCCAAGACUUGAGCAAUUUCUCCUUGAAGAUGAUUUGUGAUUGUCAUUUGGUUUUCCCUGAAAAUGAAGUCGUCGAUUUGAAACGCAGUAUCAGAUCAAAACUCGAAAAAUAUGGGGUGCUUGGGACGCUUGACCCUAAUGCUCUUCUGGGUGCUGUCUUGAAAAUAAAACGUCCAAUGAAAAAUUCGAAAUCGUGUACAUAUUUCUUUCAUCACAAGAGCAUACAUGAACUGUUUGCUUCCAAGCCUGUCUUAAUGGAGCUCCGUAAGAAUAAUGCAUUACCGCCCGUCCUGACGCCACAAAAAUUGAAAAAUGUCAGGCCGCUUGAAGUGCUCACGUGUGUGUUCAUGGAGCUGAGUGCUGCUGAGGAGUCCACUGUCUUCUGGAAUAACUGGCAGCUGCUGCGCGAUGCUGUGGGAGACGUUGGCUUGCAUUACUGGCAGAAAAUCUUGCUGAACUGUCCUGACUCGCAGCAUAUUGCUGCAGCGAUUGCUGGAGUCUACUUGGCAGACAGUGACAGUUGGAGCAUCAAUACAGCUGGAGACGUGAUGGCAGUUGCACUAAUGCUGCCACAUCAGCAACCUCGAGUCAUCAACAUCAAGAUGUCAGCUGCGGUGCUGCGCGCUGCAGGCACCAGCUGGUCUGACCUGGCGCGGCGUUACAAGGGACAACUGAAGCUGAACAUCGCACCAGCAGGAGUGACAGCAAGCCCCGAGCCCUGCGACGACCUGCUGGAGUGCCUCAAGGGCUCCAGUGAAGAACGCAUGCUCGGGGAUAAUAUGCGUAGUUGA